AUGAUUGAACAAUCCACAGUGGAAGCAGCCGUCCAAGAAUGUAGCCAGGCAUCAGAUGAAACUGUAGAAAAUGUUUUCAACAUUAUUGGAGCCUUUGAUAUUCCACGUUAUAUUUAUAAUUCAGAAAGAAAGAAGUUUCUACCUCUGUCAAUGACCAACUUCCCUGUACCAAAUUUAUUUGGAACUGCCAGAGAUAAAGCAGAGUUAUUUCGUGAACGCUACUCCAUCUUACAACAGAGGACUCAUAGACAUGAAUUGUUUACUCCUUCAGCAGUCGUUGCUCAUCCUGAUGACAGUAGGAGCAAAUUCCAGCUUAAAACAAUAGAAACUCUAUUGGGCAAUACAGCUAAAGUGGGAGAAGUGAUUGUGCUUGGGAUGAUAACUCAGCUCAAGGAGGGGAAAUUUUUCCUAGAAGACCCUACAGGAGUCGUCCAGCUAGACCUUAGUAAAGCACAGUUCCACAGUGGUUUAUAUACUGAAUCAUGCUUUGUUUUGGCAGAAGGUUGGUAUGAAGAUGAAGUUUUUCAUGUGAAUGCUUUUGGAUUUCCGCCUACUGAGCCUUCUGCUACCACUAGAGCCUUCUAUGGGAAUGUAAACUUCUUUGGAGGGCCUUCUUCAGCUUCAGUAAAGGCUUCUGCAAAACUAAAGCAGCUGGAGGAUGAAAAUGAAGAUGCCAUGUUUGUAUUUCUUUCUGAUGUAUGGCUGGACCAAGCAGAAGUACUGGAAAAGCUUCACACAAUGUUUUCGGGUUAUUCCUCUGCACCUCCAACCUGCUUUUUCUUUUGUGGAAAUUUUUCAUCUGCACCAUAUGGAAAAAGUCAAAUUCAGUCAUUGAAAGGUUCUUUGAAGGCUCUUGCAGACAUUAUAUGUGAAUAUCCCAGCAUUCAUGAAAGUCGAUUUGUGUUUGUUCCUGGCCCUGAAGACCCUGGUCCUGGUUCUAUUUUACCAAGACCUCCGCUGGCUGAAAAUAUUACUGAGGAAUUCAGACAACUGGUGCCAUUUUCAGUUUUCACCACAAAUCCUUGCAGGAUUCAAUAUUGCACCCAAGAAAUAAUUAUCUUUCGUGAAGAUUUGGUAAACAAAAUGUGCAGAAACUGCGUCCGCUUCCCUAGCAGCAACAUGGAUAUUCCCAACCAUUUUGUAAAGACUAUAUUAUCACAAGGACAUCUGACGCCACUUCCGCUGUACGUUAGCCCUGUGUACUGGGCCUAUGACUACUCCCUGAGGGUAUAUCCUCUGCCAGAUAUGCUCAUCAUUGCAGAUAAAUACGACCCAUUCACUGUCACCAACGCUGACUGUCUUUGUAUAAAUCCUGGUUCAUUUCCAAGAAGUGGAUUUUCAUUCAAGGUAUUCUACCCCUCCAACAAGACAGUUGAAGACAGCAAGCUUCAGGGUCUCUGAAUUUCUGCGAGACUGCAAAAAGGGAGUGAGCCUUUGUGAAGCCAGCUGUAGCGCUCAUUUGAGAUGGAUUGAUUUUUAUGAUAUAUUACAAACUGUUUGUAAUAAAUGUCAAAGCCAAAAAUGGUGUAUUUUGUACACAAGCUUUUACA